AUGGGUCAGAAACGAGGACGCGAUUCCAAGCCACAGGCUGUUGAGGCCAAAAAGCGCAAGAAGGGCGCCAAGGUCGCAACAGCCGAAGAUGAUUCUUGGGAUGGUGCGAUUGGCGUUGAUGAUCUCAACUGGAAAGAGGUAGCUAUGCCCGAUCGAAUGGAAGAUGCGGAAGGCUUCUUCGGGCUAGAGGAGAUCGAUGGUGUGGAUGUCAUUCGUGCAUCUGAAAAUGGCGUUGUUCAAUUCAAGGCAAAGCCAGGCAAGACUGCUAAGUCUAUCUUGAGAACACCGACUGCCGAAGAGACUGCUUUCGAAGAGUGGUCAGGUUUCAGCGAUGAAGAGUCGGCUGAAAAGGCAACCACCAAAGUCAACGAAGUUUCAGAACCGAAGGAAGAUAAUAAGAAGUCUAAGAAAAACAAGGAGACUAAGGGGGCCAAGGAUUCCAAGAACGCAGACAAUACCAACAAAGCCAAGGAAACUGAGGAGCCCAAGGAGGCUAAGGGCAAGGAGACCAAAGAACCUAAAAAGAAAGACACCAAACAAAAAGAUGGCAAGAACAAGCAGGCCAAACCUGCGCAUGAUUCCAACUUCAAAGCCGCUCUUUCCUUUGAAGCCCUCGAUGACGUUGAAAGCGAUGAUGAAGUGGAUGUAUCAGGCUGGGACGAUCUUGGCCUGUCGCCAGAGAUUCUUACUAGUCUCUCCAAGUUGAAGUUUGGCACCCCGAGCGCCAUCCAAAAGGCUUGUAUUCCAGGUAUUAUAGAUGGCCACGACGUCAUUGGAAAAGCAUCAACUGGUUCCGGUAAAACACUCGCUUUCGGUAUCCCGAUCCUCGAACAUUAUUUGGAAAAGAGAGGAAGGAAGAUCGAAUCCGAUAAAACACCACCGUCAUCCCCCAUGGCUCUUAUCCUUUCACCAACUCGAGAACUGGCUGUUCAACUAGGCAAGCACAUCGGAAACUUGAUUGAGAAUGCACCAGAUACAAAUGCACGAGUUGCCCUUUUGACGGGUGGUCUGUCUAUUCAAAAGCAACAAAGACAGCUUGCCACUGCUGAUAUUGUCGUUGGUACACCAGGCCGUAUAUGGGAGAUUCUGAGCACUGGGUCGGGCUUGAUCAGCAAGAUGCAAAAGAUUCGGUUCCUUGUUGUGGAUGAAGCGGAUCGGUUGCUCAGUCAAGGAAAUUUCAAGGAAGUGGAAGAAAUCAUUGGCGCCCUGGACCGUCAGGAACACAAUGACUUCCCAGAAAACGAAGAAGAGGAUGAAGAAACAGAUGAGAAACUCAAGGCCCGUCAGACUCUUGUUUUCUCGGCCACAUUCCACCGUGAUCUCCAGCAAAAGCUUGCCGGAAAGAGUCGUUGGACUGGAGGAGAUCUCAUGGACAACAAAGAGUCAAUGGAAUAUUUGCUUAAGAAGCUCAAUUUCCGGGAAGAAAAGCCCAAGUUCAUUGAUGUGAACCCCGUUCAGCAGAUGGCAGAGGGACUCAAGGAGGGAAUUGUUGAAUGUCCUGCCAUGGAGAAGGAUCUCUACCUUUACGCACUUUUGCUCUACUACCCCAAACAUCGGACACUUGUCUUUACCAACUCGAUCUCCGCCGUCCGUCGUGUCACCCAAUUGCUGCAAGCAUUGGGUCUCCCCGCUCUUGCCCUCCAUUCUAGCAUGGCACAGAAAGCUCGACUUCGGUCUGUCGAGCGCUUCUCCUCGCCAACCGCAGACCCAAGCUCUAUUCUUGUCGCUACGGAUGUUGCUGCCCGUGGUCUCGAUAUCAAGGGCAUUGAUUGCGUCGUGCAUUACCACGCACCCCGUGCAGCUGAUGCCUAUGUUCACCGAUCUGGCCGUACUGCCCGUGCUGGUGCCAUUGGCAAGAGUGUCAUUAUUUGCUCUCCUGAUGAGGUUGUCAGCGUGGCUCGCCUCGCUGCCAAGGUCCACGCUCGAAACCCCAAUGCUACUGCCAAGAAAUUACCUCUGGAGUCCCUCGAGAUCGACCGCCGCGUCGUCGCUCGUGUACGACCACGUGUCACUUUAGCCAAGAAGAUUACUGAGUCCAAUCUUGCCAAGGAGAAGGUUUCUGCAGAGGACAACUGGAUGCGUUCUGCGGCUGAGGAUCUCGGCGUUGAAUAUGACAGCGAUGACUUUGAUGACUCCAAAGGCAGGGGUCGUGGUCGCGGUGGUGGCCGAGAGCGCCGUGAGAAGCAGGCUAGUGGUAUCACCAAGGGUGAAAUGGCUGGCCUCCGAGCUGAGUUGAAGAGCCUACUUUCGCAGCGCAUCAAUAUCGGCGUUAGCGAGCGUUAUCUCACGGCCGGUCGUGUUGAUAUUGAAGCCCUGCUCCGUGGUGAAGGCAACAAAUCCUUCCUCGGUCACCUUGAUCCUUUGGGUUUCUAA